AUGGCUUCGCCGCCAGACGCGGAGAGUUUGGAGUCCCGUAUCAACAGGGCCACCAAUCCAUUAAACAGAGACACAGACUGGGGCAGCAUCCAUGCUUUCUGUGACCAGCUCAACAAUGACUUGGAGGGACCUCAGUUGGCCACCAGGCUCCUUGCCCACAAAAUCCAGUCUCCACAGGAGUGGGAAGCCAUGCAGGCUCUGCUGGUGCUUGAGACCUGUAUGAAGAACUGUGGGAAACGGUUCCACAGUGAGGUGGGCAAGUUUCGCUUCCUCAACGAGCUCAUCAAAGUAGUAUCUCCAAAGUACUUGGGCUCACGGUCUCGCGAGCCGGUGAAAAAGAAAGUUGUGGAGCUGAUCUAUAGCUGGACCUUGGGACUGCCUGAGGAGGCCAAGAUCUCAGAUGCUUACCAGAUGCUGAAGAAACAAGGUAUUGUCAAAAAAGACCCAGACCUGCCACCUGACAAGCUGCUGACUCCACCUCCACCCAGACCCAAAAACGCCAUUUUUGAGGAUGAGGAGAAGUCAAAAAUGCUGUCUCGCCUGUUGAAUAGCACUCACCCGGAGGACCUGAAAGCAGCCAACAAGCUCAUCAAAGAAAUGGUUCAAGAGGACCAGAGGCGUGCAGAGAAGGUGUCCAAGCGUGUGAAUGCGAUACAGGAAGUGAAGGAGAGUGUCAGCCUGCUCACUCAGCUGCUGGAAGACUAUGACAGGAAUGACAGUGUGCAGAGCAAUGCGGAGCUCAUACAGGACCUGUACCAGCGCUGUGAGAAGAUGAGACCCACUCUGUUCAGACUGGCCAGUGACACAGAAGACAAUGACGAGGCUUUGGCGGAGAUCCUGCAGGCCAAUGACAGUCUGACGCAGGUCAUCAACCUGUACAAGCAGCAGGUGAAAGGCGAGGAGGUGAAUGGGAACAUCACUGUCAGCACACAAAGACAAACAGGUGGAAGUACGGCGCUGCUCGAUCUCUCAGGACUGGACACGUCGCCUCAGUCCCCUUCCUCCUUCCCAGAAUUCCCCACUCCCACAGACAGCCUGAACGCACCUUCCCAGGAGAUGGGGAUCAGUCUCCUUGACGACGAGCUCAUGUCGCUAGGUUUGAGUGAAGGGACUCACACAUCCAACCCUGCCUCCCAGCCCGAGGACUCAACAGCAUGGGACUCUUUCCAGUCCUCUGACAGCAUAGACACAGACACCCCUGCAGCACCAAGUCUACUGCUGAGCCCAGAUCCACCCGCCCAGUCUCAGCCCCCUUCCUCUGGGAGCUCAGCCCUAGACGAGCUGGACCUGCUGGGGAAAACCCUACUGCAGCAGUCCCUGCCUCCAGAGGGGCUGCAGGUCAAAUGGGACAAGCAACAGUCCAAACUAACUCUGCGAGAUCUGCAGAGCAUGUCUGGAUCCAGUGUGAACCCAAACCCCAUCCCAGCCUUCACUCCUGAUCAUCCUGGGGCUCUCCUGAACUCUCAGCCCAGCACUGGGGCCACAUUGCUGGAUAUGUCACCUACUCACAUAGAGACUCCCCCUCCAGAAGUCACCCUGACUGACAUUUUUGUACCGCUAGAAUUCAUCAAGCCCAGUAGUCUGUUACCAGUGACUGUGUUUGAUGGACACAGCUUGCGGGUUCUGUUCCACUUUGCCCGCAACUCACCACCAUCGCGGCCUGACGUGCUGGUGGUCAUCAUCUCCAUGCUGUCGUCCGCGCCCGUCCCCGUCACCAACAUCAACUUCCAGACUACUGCACCAAAGUCUAUGGCAGUGAAGCUACAGCCCCCAUCAGGAAUGGAGCUUCCAGCCUUUAACCCCAUCCUCCCUCCGGCUGCCAUCACACAGAUCCUGCUGCUGGCAAACCCUCACAAGGAGAGAGUCCAGUUGCAGUACAGCUUAACGUUCAGCAUGGGGGAGGAGGAGCAUGACGAGAGCGGCAGUCUAGAACAGUUCCCUCCUCCGGAGACGUGGGGGAAUCUAUAGCAUUCACACUGGAUUUCAACCUGACAGACUGUCUCUGCUCCUCUCCUCCAACUCCACACUACUUUGCACAAACUUUUUUUUUUUUAACCAUUCUGUAUUUUCUGUAUGAUUGCCCCCCUGUGCUCAAUCUCAGUAGGUGUUAUAUUUAUGCUUUGCAGAGCAAGGUGUAUGUGUCCAGGGUUAGUCUGUUGUAUGUCGCUGUUUCAGGAACAAAACAAAAAAACAAAAAAAAAGAAACAACUGCACCGCCUGCUGAUCAAGUACCGGCUGUGUCGCUUUUUUGGGUCUUCUUUUUCUUACUUUUUAACAGGUCUCCCAAAUGCUAUGAAGGAAGAAGGAUAAUUUGGUGCGUUUGUUUGAUUCAUGAAAGUGUUCGAGGUCGGGCGCCCUAUACAGAAUUUCCACUCCUGAUGGAACUGGGUUUCCCCUUCAGUGCAUGAUCCAGCGCAUCAAAAGAGGUGAAGUGGGAGUAGAUGGGAAACCCUUGUCUAAUCAGUCUCAAGCAAUUAAAAAAAAUAAUCAGAAUACGUUGUGCUGUCUCUAUGAUCAGUCUUUAUUUAACAAUGUGUUAAUAUUGAUUACGUUAAUAACUGCAUCCUUUGAUUUGCACAGGUAAUUGUUUAGCACUGUAUUUGUUCUUUUUCCUGUUAUGUAAAUAGGUUAUUGUGACAUCAAGUUUGUUUGAUUUUUGCCAUAUGUGCCUAUUUUGCAGUAUCACUCAUGUUUCAUAUGCUGUGUUCUGGUUCAGAUCCACUUUAAGCAUGGAUGUCUUUCAUUUCAUCUGUUACAUGUUGAGGUCACAUUAAAAGGUCUAUUACAAAAUAAUCUUAGUUUUCAGCAUUGAGAAGCAAUUCAAGAAUCUUCAGUUUUGAGGGGAAAACAAAUAUUUACCUUAGAAGUGGUACAAUUUAAGUUUCUGCUCUUACUAGGACAACUCGGAUGUCAGCGGUGGGGUUAGCAAGAUCAACCCCAACCAAUUAUUCUGGGCAGCAUCUGUCAAAUCUUCAGAUUUCUUCAGUCAGCAAUGCAUGAUAGCCACACCGAGCGAGUCACAUCCCACUGCAUUACUGAACUCUAAUACAGCUGCUUUGUAAAUAGUUAUCGGGCAGUUCUGAAAGAGCAUAACACUGAAAACCGAAAUCUAAAAUAAAGGUCUUUUUUUUUUUCCCUUUGCAAUUUGAAACAUGUCUUUUUUUUGUGUCGCAUAAUCAUUACGUGCCCUGUAAUGCCAGCGUACCCACCCAACUUCAAUCUAUGACCUCCAAAGCCAACAUACUUGCUGUUAAUUUCCACGAUAGUGUUAAACUAC